AUGAAAAAACAACAGAGUGGCUGGGAUAAACUAAAAGCUAAGAAAGAGGAAAAGAAAAACCUAGAGAAAGUAUUGGCUAAGACCAAAAAAAUUACAGACUUUUGUUCUAUAAAAAGUGCAGCCAGUUCCUCUGUAGUCAGUCCAAGUGCAUCCACUGCCAGAGACUUUGCAGUUGGUGCAAGUGAAGCUGGUGCAAGUGAAGCCGGUCCUAGUGCAUCCGCUGAUCAUGCAGAUACAUUAGAUGUACAAAAUAUAACCAGUGAAUCAGUUGAAGGUGACACAGAAAUUGUGGUUGAACAAACAAAAAUAACAUUUUCAAAUGAUGUAGGAGAGUGGAAAGUUUCAGAAACCUUGCGUGAAUUCUUCUGUCAGAAGGGGGUUGCUGAUUGCCACUUCCUAAACAGUGAUUUUACCAAUACCAAAAAAAUAUUCCCUGGUGAACAUUUUGCACGACAUUGUACAAAGUCAUUGUUCUAUCGUGAACAAAUUAAUGGUGAGAAAGUUCAGCGUGACUGGCUUUGCUACUCGCCAAAAACACUCAAACUAUUUUGUGCUCACUGCAAAUUAUUUUCUUCAGAUGCCACCUUACUGUUGGCAACUGAUGGUUAUUCUGACUGGAGACAUGCAGCCAGAGAUCUGAGCCGCCAUGAAAGUAGUGCAACUCAUGCAGAUUCUCUUGAGAAACUUAUUAGAAGAAAAUUGACAGGUGAACGUAUAGACAAAUCUCUAGUGAUUCAAUACGAGUCUGAGAAAAAGUAUUGCCAUCAAAUUCUGCGCAGAAUUUUAAGCGCUAUCAAACUCCUUUCAUCGAGAGGUCUUGCCUUUCGUGGAAAUGAUGAAAUCAUUGGCUCAGUGCACAAUGGUAAUUAUUUAGGGUGUCUAGAAUUUUUGGCAGAGUAUGAUCCCUUCCUAGCUGAACACAUUCAGAUGCAUGCUAACAAAGGGCGAGGACAUGUAUCAUACCUGUCCUCAACGAUUUGUGAUGAAUUUAUUGAGGUGAUUGGACAACAAGUAUUGCGGCAGAUCAUAACUGAGAUAAAAACAUCUAAGUACUAUUCUGUAAGUGUGGACUCAACACCCGAUAUUUCACACACUGAUCAGCUGACACUUAUAUUUCGUUAUGUGCUUCCAAAUGGACCCAUUGAGCGUUUCACCAAAUUUAUUCCAGUACGUGGACAUACUGGAGAACACUUGGCAAACACCCUUCUUCUUUCUCUUGAGGAAAAUGGGAUUUCCAUUCAAGAUUGCCGGGGCCAAUCAUAUGAUAAUGCAUCAAAUAUGAGUGGAAAAUACAAUGGUAUGCAGGCCAUGAUUUGUCAGAAGAACGUGCUAGCUGAAUAUAUUCCAUGCUAUGGGCAUUCUCUGAACCUUAUUGGGCAAAGUGCUGUAAAAUGUUGCUCUGAGGCAGUUUUGUUUUUUGACUUUGUUCAGAAGUUGUAUGUGUUUUUUUCUACAUCAACACAUCGUUGGAAUCUUCUGACAGAUGUCUUCAAACCCCUUGGAUUACCUACACUGAAAAGCCUUUCAAAUACACGUUGGUCUGCUCACCAUGAUGCACUAAAUUCCUUGAAAAAAGGAUAUCCGGCUAUUAAAGAUCUUCUACACAAUAUGGCAAAUGAUACAUCAGAAAGGGAAGAAACAUGCUUGGAAGCAAAGGGACUUUGUACUAUAAUGGGUCAAUUAGAAAAUGGGAUAAUGGUGCAACUCUGGUCCACAAUACUGAGCCGGUUUAACAAAACAAGUAAUUUUCUUCAAGAUUCAAGAUUGGAUCUGAACAGAGCGACAGACAUUUUGGAAGCCUUAAAAAUGUUUGUAGAAAGCCUCCGUUCUCAGUUUCCAGAAUUAGAGAACCAAAGUAAAAUACUUUACUCCUGCGAUGAUUACAAACAAACAAGACAAAUUAAAAGAAAUAAGAAGUGGGACUUUGGUGGUGCUGAAGAUGCCGCUGCUGGACUUUCACCAUCAGACAAAUUUAAAGUGAACACUUUUCUUCCCAUAAUUGAUCAGCUAGUGUCAUCACUAAAUCGAGGAAAAGAAGCAUACAGUGUCAUUCGAGACAGAUUUGGAUUUCUUUCAGAACUGUGCUCUCUACCAUCAGAUGACCUACGCGCUAAGGCCAGUGCAUUAGUAGGAAUAUACCCAGGAGAUCUUGGUCGAGAGUAUGCAGAUGAAGUAGUACACUUUGCUGCUUUGUUUCGUAUCUAUAUUUCAUCUGGUACAAGCACAGAUACACAUGAGAGCCAAGAAAUCAAAAUGUAUAAAUUUCUAAUUACAGAGGCAUUGGUUGGUAACUUCCCAAAUGUUGGCAUUUCACUACGCAUGUACCUUUGUCUGAUGGUCACCAACUGCAGUGGUGAGCGCAGCUUUUCUGCACUGAAGCGGGUAAAAAAUGCACUGAGGUCCUCCAUGGCACAACAGCGCUUAAAUGCACUCUCUCUUUUGUGCAUUGAAAAUGGACUAUUAAGAGAAAUGGACAUGGAAACUGUAAUAGAAGAAUUUUCCAGUCGUAAAGCAAGAAAAGUUAACGUUUAG